UGGUUGUGAAUUAAUUGUCUUUACACAUGAGUUCAUAAAAGUACUAUUUUAAAGAGAGAGAAAAGCUAGGUACAGAUCUCAAUAGAGAGAGAGAGAGAGAGAGAGAGACAAAAAAAAAUGGCUAAUUUGUUUGUUAAACAGGCAAAGGAGUACUCGGAGAGUCGACCGGGUUACCCACAAGAAGUCUUCCAAUUCAUAGCGUCGAAGACACCAAAUCACGACCUUGUGUGGGAUGUCGGCACCGGCAGUGGCCAGGCCGCAAUAUCUUUAGCUGGGAUAUACAAGAAUGUCAUAGCCACAGACACUAGCCAAAAGCAACUGGACUUUGCACCAAAACACCCCAACGUCCGAUACCAAUACACCCCUCCCAACAUGUCCGCAGCUGAGCUCGAACACUGCGUGGCAGCGCGAGAAAGCGUCGACGUUGUGACCGUAGCUCAAGCCAUGCAUUGGUUCCACCUCCCCACAUUCUACAAACAAGUGAACACACUGCUCAAAAAACCCCAUGGAGUGAUUGCAGCUUGGACCUAUACGGUCCCCGAAGUCAGUGACACUAUUGACUCCAUUUUUCGACGAGUUUACUUCGUUGAUUCAAGACCCUAUUGGAAUCCUGGCCGUCAUUUGGUGGUGGACAAGUACAGAAGCAUCGAUUUUCCGUUUGAGCCGGUGGACGGAGCUGAUCACACGGGGCCAUUCGAGUUCAAGACAGAGAGGUUGAUGGAUUUAGAUGAAUAUCUUGCAUAUACAAGAUCAGGGUCAGCAUAUCAGACGGCAUUGGACAAGGGCGUCGAGCUCCUGAAGGAUGAUGUGAUCGACGAAUUUAAGCGUGCUUGGAAUGAAGAUGGCAAUGACCAGAAGAUUGUCAAGUUUCCAGUUUAUCUGAGGAUUGGGAAAGUGGGCAAUUUGGAUAACUAGUUCAUAUCAUUCACAUUGAAUAUUGGUUCACAUUGAUUCAGAGCAUACAUUAUUUGGCAUGGUGUUAGAAGAGAAUUCAUUGAAUUGCAUAUGAAAAAUCAAUUUUAGAAAACAAAAGAAUGACAUGGUUGCGUAACGCAACUACCGUGGUGUGUGUCAAGAAUGACAAGUUUACUGAAUUGAUUUCUGUAUAAGAAAAUCAAUUGUUAAGAAA